UGCGCAUGUGCAGAUAUUUCGCGGGAGUUUUGUGACCGACUGAUUCGAGUAAACAGCAGUAAUUUUGGUCUGUCUUUUGAAAUAAAACCAUGAUGGCCACGAAUGCUAUGUCACCAGGCACGCCGAAGUCCAAGCGACCUAAAUGUGUGAAGGACUUGGGGUUUGACACAACCACUUGCAAUGGACAAAACGCUUUCGAACCGCCGUCAGACAUAGAAAUUGAGGCGAAGACUUCCACCCCGACAGAAUUCAAAUUUACACAGGAACCUACGCUGGAACAAAUACGGGUAAUGCAGAACAACUUUUCUAAAGAAAGAGACUUUGACAAGUUUCAUUCGCCAAGAAAUUUACUACUUGCAAUGGUAGGUGAAGUUGGUGAGGUAGCAGAACUUUUUCAGUGGAAAGGUGAAGUGAAAGAUGGUCUUCCUGAUUGGACCGAAAAAGAAAAGGAAAACCUUUCCCAGGAAUUGAGCGAUGUUCUCAUAUAUUUAGUUAGACUGUCAGAGAAAUGUCACAUAGAUUUACCAUCAGCAACAGUCGAAAAGAUUGGAUUGAAUCAUAAAAAGUAUCCUGCUGAUAAAGUGCAUGGAUCAUGCAAGAAAUAUAAUGAAUAUGACUGACAGUGGCUUUUGUGAAUGACUCAACCAUGAAUCCUAAUGAAAAGAACCUGUAGCAAUGAAUUUGCCAGCCUAUUAGCCUAAUUUAUACAUGUACUUGAUAGCUGUAGCACUGGACCCAUCGACCAAUUGACCUAAUUGAUGGCUGUAGUCUUGGAUCAGUUGGCUAAUUAGCUUACAUUAUACUUGAAGGCUGUAGCACUGGAUUAACCCGAGUCACAUUGACAUUGAGAUCAUACAUGUGUAUUUAUCAAGACAUAUUAAUUCACUUAUACCGGUACAUAAAGAUUCAUGUUUAUCAGUACAAUCUAAA